CAAUCGCCGGGGGGAAAAAAAAAAAAAAAUCUCUCUCGAGACAGACAACACAUCAAUGGCGCCUUCUUCCUCGAGCGGCCUGACUUUCAAGCUCCACCCUCUGGUGAUGCUCAACAUCUCCGAUCACUUCACUAGGGUCAAAACUCAGCUCAAUCCUCCAGCCUCUUCCUGCGCGAACGGGAAUAACCCCAGCACCGGCGACGCGACGCUGCUCCCGCAGGAUUUUAGGGUUUAUGGGUGCGUGAUCGGUGCCCAGAAAGGACGGACGGUUGAGAUCUUCAACAGCUUCGAGCUUCUGUUGGAUCCCACUACUGAUACUCUCGACAGAUCCUUCUUAGAGAAGAAGCAAGAGCUCUACCAGAAGGUGUUUCCUAACUUCUACAUAUUGGGAUGGUACUCUACUGGAAGCGAAGCUAAUGAAUCUGACAUGAGUAUCCACAAAGCUCUGAUGGACAUUAAUGAAUCUCCUGUUUAUGUCCUUUUGAAUCCGGCUAUCAAUCACGCUCACAAGGAUCUCCCUGUAACUAUCUAUGAAAGUGAGUUCCAUGUCAUUGAUGGGAUUCCUCAGCCAAUUUUCGUGAAUGCAAGCUACACAAUCGAGACUGUCGAAGCUGAAAGAAUAUCGGUGGAUCAUGUUGCACAUCUUAAGCCAUCUGAUGGAGGCUCAGCAGCGACUCAAUUGGCUGCUCAUCUUACUGGCAUACACAGUGCCAUCAAAAUGCUUAAUAGCAGAAUCAGAGUGCUUCAUCAAUAUCUUGGCUCAAUGCAGAAAGGUGAUAUUCCUUGCGACAACUCAUUACUGAGGCAAGUAGCUAGUCUGCUCAGAAGUCUGCCUGCCGCACAAUCCGAAAAAUUUAAAGAGGAUUUCUUGAUGGAGUACAACGACAAAUUGCUGAUGUCUUACCUAGCAAUGAUCACUAAUUGUACCAGCAACAUGAACGAGGUGGUGGACAAAUUCAACACUGCAUACGAGAGGAACAGUCGAAGAGGCGGUAGGACUCCAUUCAUUUAGAGAUUAGUUUCAGCGUAAAACCCUUUUUGCGGUUCCUAAAAGAGAAAUCUAGAACUCUUUUAAGGUAUUUCACUUUUCGGAAUCUAAGAGCUAAUGACGUUCUUUAAGACUACAAGCUAUGUUUAUUAGAUUACUUCUAUUUUUAGCACUUAAAAUCA